UCGCGCUCGUCACUUAUCACAUGACCCGCGCCACUGUGGUCCGUACUGACUGUACCCCGGUAGGCCAUAUUUGACAGUGGGCCACUAGUUUAGCGACGUGAGUGACGUGAAGAUCGCUCCCUACGUUCGACGAUCCCGGCCGAUUCGCGACCGAUCCCCGUGCAACCUGUAAAUACUCCCGCGAUCGACUCGACCGCCAGGACCACCCGACCACAAACCAGGCCACAAUGAGUGCUGCCACGGAAAGCGCCCCGGUGUACUCGCCGUUCUUCGGCGUUAUGGGCGCCGCCUCAGCCAUCGUAUUCUCCUCUCUGGGAGCAGCGUAUGGCACAGCAAAGGCUGGCACAGGAAUCGCAGCGAUGUCUGUCAUGAGGCCAGAAUUAAUCAUGAAAUCCAUCAUUCCCGUUGUCAUGGCAGGUAUUAUUGCCAUUUACGGUCUUGUAGUGGCGGUACUCAUUGCCGGCACUCUUGGGAGAGCCCCUACUUACGAUCUUUAUAACGGUUUCACCCACUUGGGUGCUGGGUUAGCAGUAGGCUUCUCCGGUCUGGCAGCCGGAUUUGCUAUCGGCAUCGUGGGCGAUGCCGGGGUGAGAGGCACCGCUCAGCAACCUCGUCUCUUCGUCGGCAUGAUCUUGAUUCUGAUCUUCGCCGAAGUAUUGGGUCUUUACGGCCUGAUCGUCGCCAUUUACCUGUACACCAAGUAAACGGUCAGUAGCGGCAUCCUACUACCUGCCAUGGUUCCAUACAAGACAUGUCGCCUGCAACCAACAGCGCUCCCCGACUAUUAUUAUGCUACAAAACUUGUUUCGACAUAUUUUACUUAAUCACGUUACUCCAUGCAUACCUAAUCUAAUUACCAUCUCGGCUCAUCUCUGCGCGCGCGCCCCCCCUGUAAUAUCAUACUAAAAAAAAAAAAGAAAGAUUGAUCUAUUUAGCGUACGGACAUUAAACCACGCCACGCAUUACUUGUCACACGGAUUGCAUGAUUAUAUCGAAGGUGUUGCGAUGGAGAAGUGCGGCCGGUUUCUUUUCUUGAUUUCGCGACACGCGUGAUGGCGCAUUUCGAUGCUGCGACGUAUGAAAAAGCGAAUGUAUGGCGGAAAAAAAGAACGAAAGAAAGCGUGGAAAACAAAAGUCGACAGGGAAAUACAUAUAUUUAGAGAAAAGAUCUCCUGUGUUAAUCCCAUUGUCGAACAUUUCUCUUUCACUGUAUAGUAAUCAUUUAUAGCUUAGUACGACAUUGAAUUAUCAGUUAAAGUAAUCGGCUCUACUGAGUGUAUAAAGGAAAAUAUGUUAUUGAUAAAAGAAUAUUUAGCACAAUUAUAUAUAUAUAUAUAUAAUAUAUAUAUACAUAUAUUAUAAAUGCAAACCGGCAGGUACGCGACUAGGAAUCACACAAAAGAGCAAAAGAAAACUCUAAAGAAACGAAAUUAUAUCAUCGGAAUAGAAAUAUGUAAGAGUAAGCGACACGCAAAUUGCGCGUGGUAAAACGGCGUAAUAUAACAGAGAGAAAGGGAGAGAGAGAAAGUGAGAAUGUGAGAAUGAGAAAUGUUACUGGACAAGAUCUCGUGUGGACGGAGAUUGUGCAACUAGAAAUUAAUAGACGAAGAAUGAUAUGGUGGAUGAGAGACUUUAGUAAAAAGGAAAAAAGAAAAAAGUAUGAAUGCGAGUAGUUGAUCACAGAUACACAACAAGAUAGUAUUAAGUCAAUUGGGAAAGUCUGCUGGACACGACGAAAUUUCACAUUUUCACGGUUAUUCAUAGACAACGAUUCGUUGCGCGGUAGACGAGAUAGGGAGGGCGGAUUGGAUGGAAAAAAGAAUGUCUAACCGAGUUGUUAAAACCGCAAAGGCCAGCGGUCGACACUCGAUUAUUCGCACGAUUUUAAUCCAAUCCCGCAUUAUUUCUAUUACCGAGAGAAAAAAAAAACGUCGUAUGUCAAUGGAGUAACAGGUACAUGUGAAACUUGCGUAAAACCGAUAAAGUAUCGUACGUACCAGCAGACACAUCAGUACACACAUACACAGAAAGUGAGAGUGAGAGACACAAUACCGUAUGAUAGCGAAAUCAAUGAUCAUCUGAGAGAAGUUAUAUACGCUGAUAAUGAACAUGUAAACGGAGGAUAAUUUGUACAUUCCAUAUUAAGUUCGUUCAGUACAGGCGAGCGGGCGUUUGGCGACAGUUUGGCGACAAAAUUCGCGACAAGUAGGUCCGUGCUGCGUCGCGUUCUUCGAAAUCAAUCGAUCGCACAUUCACGCACCUCACAUGGGGCAGCAGCCGGCAGACGGACCUGUAUUGUCCUGGGAUGGAUUGUCCUUCGGGAGCCGACAAUCUUAACCCUUUGUGCGUGCACGACUUUUCGAUCGGCUGCUAUCACCUCUCUUCCACGGUUAUCACGUUCGGGUAGAAAAGAAAAAGAAAAACAAAAAAUGUGCAAAACCAAGAACGCCCGCUUGCCAUUUUCGACUGCGCAGUAUUUUCUACCUAAGAAAUAUGCAAACAAGCUCAACGAUAUAGGUGUAUUUCCAGUGAAGAGAGAAAAAAGGAAUCAUCGAAUUGACAAGAUCUUGUUAGGCGGAAAAAGAAUGGAAGGAUUUAACAACAUUUGUCCGGAAAAACGCUCUCGCUCUGGAAAUCCACCUGUAUGCAUAUCCCUCGAGAUACCAUCGGAAACAAUAGUCAUCUCGACGUCGUUGGGAACGAAGAACGAGCGUGGAAAUUGCAAUUUUCCGGAAACUCGCGUCGCUUAAAAAAUUAUGAAAAACGAAAAACUAUGUACGAGCGAGCCGGGGAGCGGUGGUGGUGGUUCGUUUGCCUCUUCCUUUUUUUUAAAUCUUGUUUUUCCUUCGCAACGAGGUACGCUCGGGAGAAUGCAGGCACGCUAGACACGUUUUACCGCCAACUACCCUUCUUCCCACUAUUUCUGUCCGUUGUAUAUUUUAAUAUAUGUACGAUAUAUCGGGAACCGUAUCGGAGAGCUAAAGACAAACAGGAAGAGAGUCCGAAAAAAACGAACCCGGGAUUUAGUUAUAGUUGUACGCGCGCGUGCGAUGUAUGUACAUACCACCAUGAUGCUUCACGCUACGAUAAUUACAAUUUAGGCUAGACCUAGAUAAGGUAUUGUUGUAUACCAAAACCUCGUGUAGCUGAGUGAACGGUAAUUAUUUGGGUAAUUAUGCGAGAGAGAGAGAGAGAGAGAAUGGAAAAAAAUGUGCGAGAGGAAAUGCUUGAGAGAGCGAAAGAUAGAUGCACCUGGCAGAGGGAGCAGAGAGAGACCGCUGUCACCACCGCUGCCGCCACCCCCCCGUUCCCCCUCGCCCUCGAAUCCCAAACUACUAUCUUCCAGUGUUACUGAUAGACUCAUUGUUGAGCGCGAAAAAGUGAUACUGAUCGACGAUGAUUAUUUAUGUUAUAAUUCGUCCUCGAUGUUACAGAAGAACCGUGUUUAAUAAAAAUUUCAUUUGGACAAAAA